AUGUCUCCCACUGUGCCGCGCCUUCCUGCUUUACCUUCUCUCUCUGCGUCGUCUCCUCUGGAGUCUGCAGCUGCGCUGCGCCGCCGCGAGGCCUCUUCGCGCGCUGCGACGGGUUCGCCGUCACCCGCUCCUUCCUACACGUCUUCGUCUCUUGAUCGCUGGCCUCUGGAGUAUUCGUUUCCGUCCUGUUUCUAUCCUGGCUGCUGUGCGUCAUUCUCCUCGCCCUUCUCUGCGGUGAGCGGCACGGAAGGGUCGCUGCAGCCGCUAGCGACUCAGGUUCCUUGGCUGAGCGACUCGCGGCGAGAGAUGGCCGGCGGAAAGAAGAAGAAGGGCGGCAAGGAUGACGGGAGACAGGAAGACAAGCGCAUGCGCAAAGUCCUAAAAAUUAUCGGCGGCGACGCAGAGAGAGAGGACGACGCGCCUGCGCGCGCUCCGCGCGGCGUGGGCGGCAGGGCGAAGGGGCUAGAGCGCGCCAAGGCUCGCGGCUUCGCGAGAGAAGAAGAAGAUGAAGAAGAAGACAACAGGGAGCAUCCUGCGAGUCGCGGAGGACGCGACGCUCACGUAGAUACCUUCGAUGUGAAGCAGUACGAAGAGGAGAUGAAGCACGCCAUCGAGAAAAUGCUCACGGAUCUCACCGCCUUGCUCGUGCAAAGAGAGCGCGCGGAGCACUUUGAAAAAAUCCUCAUCUCCACCGGCGGGGAGAAGAAGCCUCUCUCAGACCUCGCGCAGGUCGUCGUGCGAGGCGCGUCGACCGUCCACGUCCACGUGUUCAGCGAAGGCAACUUGUCGAAGGUUAUGUCGGCUCUGCGCGUGGCAGAUGCCAAGUGGAUGAUUCAGCAGGAAGGUAACUCGGGGAUUAAGCUGCAGCUUCCCAAGAUGACGCCGGAAAUGCGCGAGGAGCUCAAGACGAAGGCGCGAGUCUUCCUCGUUACCGCCAAGAGUGCAGUUCGGAAUCUGCGGCAGGCCGGGCGAAGUCAGCUGCAUAAGCUGCAGUUCAAAACUCGAAGCAUCGACGACGUGAAGCGGCGCGAGCUCGACGCCACGCUUACGUCACUCAUGGAGAACUACGUGACCAAGUGCGACAAAGUUUUCAACGAUAAAAUCCAACAAACGCUGGUCUAG